AUGGGUGACUGGAACCUGCUGGGGAGGCUUCUGGAGAGUGCUCAGCAGCACUCCACGGUGGUGGGGAAGGUCUGGCUCACUGUCCUGUUCAUUUUCCGUAUCCUUGUCUUGGGGGCAGCUGCCGAGAAAGUCUGGGGGGACGAACAGUCGGGCUUCUCCUGUGACACCAAGCAGCCAGGCUGCCAGAACGUCUGUUAUGACGAAACCUUCCCCAUCUCCCACAUCCGCUUCUGGGUGCUGCAGAUCAUCUUCGUCUCCACCCCCAGCCUCGUCUACCUGGGCCACACCCUGCAUCUGGUGCGCAUGGCGGAGAAGGAGCAGCAGCGAGAGGAGACUUGGGGGGCCCAGCAGGAACCCCUGGUGCAGCAUAAACCUUCCAUCAAAGAUGUUCAUGGCAAAAUCCGCCUGCGGGGGGCCAUUCUGAGGACGUAUAUUUGCAACAUUGUCUUUAAGAUGCUCUUUGAGGUGAGCUUCAUUGUGGGCCAGUACGCACUGUAUGGGUUCGAACUAAAGCCCCUCUACACGUGCAACCGCUGGCCCUGCCCCAACACGGUCAACUGCUAUAUAGCCCGGCCCACCGAGAAGACCAUCUUUAUCCUCUUCAUGACGGGGGUGGCCUGCCUGUCUCUGCUCCUCAACCUGAUAGAAAUGUACCACCUGGGCUUCACCAAGUGCAGGCAGAGGCUGGCAGCCAACCGCUGUCGGGCACCCAACCCCAAGGCCAGCUCCAACGCUCCCAGAGAAACAAGCAGCCACCACAUUCCCCACUGUCCUGCACCCUACAGCCUUCCCCAUGCCGCUGACCCCAACCUUCCAUUGCAGCCUUACGCCAGCCAAGCUGCUCCCUCAGCGGGCGGGGACAGCCGUGCAGCACGGAGCAGCCGCGAGACAGGCACCCAGGGUCCGGUCAUGGAAGAACUGUUGCAGCAGGGCAGCAGGUCCAGUAAAUCCAGCACUAAGCUGAGACCCAGUGACUUGGCUGUUUAAGGAGGCGGCCCAUCCCUGCACUGAGAGCCUGUUGCACUGGCCCAGGGCUGACAGGCAGGGGAAGGGGGCUCUUGUACCAGACAAGCACCAUUACCACGAGGCUGCAUCACAGGGCGCACAGCUUGGCUUAGGAGCCUGUUGUGUUUCCAUGGAUACCACCAUGGAAAUACUGGGCCCAUAAUACAGACACCAGUGUCCAGGAGCCUGAACUCUGGGCCAGACGUGCACAGCUCAAGCCCUCUCCCUUCAGUGGCGCUGCAGCAGCCUUGUGGCUGUCGGGGGCAGGAGGCAGGGAGCGGGCCGGGAGCCGAUGGGGGUAAAUGCUCUAUACUUGAUAGGACGCAGGCAGGGCCUGUAGCUUUUCCUUCCCCAUGUGACAAGGCCUCCGGGCUGCAUUGGACCUGGGCAGCCCCACUGGCGUUUCCCCUUUUCUGGAUCGAGAGCUGCCCCCGCCCUCCCCGCAGCCUGACCUCCGCUCCUGGGCAGUAACAUUGCUCAAGAAGGCCCCAGCAGAGACUCCUAGUAGGUGGCUCCUCAGGGCCAAGAGACCCUCCCAGGCCCCAGCAAGGAGAAUGGGACUGGACAUAGCGUCUGCCACGCACCUGGGGCCAGCUGGGUGUUCCACAGCUUUGCAGGCUGCUGCUGUAACAGCCUGUCAGGGAAGAUGGUGCUGCUCCGAGCAGGAAGGCCUAGGCCCCGCUGCUGCUGCCUCCUAGCCCCAGGGCUCCCUCCCCAGCCGGGGCGACUCUCAAGCCAUCUCUACCUCCGAGGGCAACGCAUGUGGGGAAGCAAAGACUGCAGCUGUGAUGUUCAGGUGAUGAUGAGGUUUCAGCAGCAGCUACAGCUGUUGGGCAAGGCAGCACUGGACCCCCGUAUUUGGGCACCCCCUGUUGUGAUGUGACUGAAUUCUCUCUCUUGUGAAAAGGGGAGGGACCACCACUGCAGCUGGAACUAGGGCUAGCCCAGGAAGCUUCUUCCAAGGCUGACAGCAGCUGGCGAGACGGCGCCUGCAGGGCCCACCAUUCAUUUCAGCCCCCCAGCGCUAGAUCACGUUCAUCUCAUUGCAGGGAGGCUCCGUGAACCUGGACCUAGGGCUGCUUGGCUGUCUCCUGUCCACACUCUCCUCUGGUCCCACGCAGGACUGGUCAGAUUGCCAGAGAGAGAAUUGUAGCCUCUGGAGAAGGCUGUGUUGCACACAGGGUGCCCCUCAUGCCCUCAAGGGCACAGCCCAGCCACUCCCUGCUUAGCUCAUAGGAGAUGGAGGCAGGAAGGCCAUGGCCCUCCCUUCCCCCAUGCAGGCCAGGCCUGCUCCUAUGACAGUUCAUAGCUUCUAAUGCCAGAAGUGACAGGCCACCAUGGGGUGGGUUUAGGCCCCAGCUCAGGCAGAGCUGGCACGCCGACCCAUGCUGGGAAUUACAGCUCCCAGCUGCUGGAUAGGGUGCCCUGGCAGGUGAGCUGCCAGACCUGGUCCUACAUCCGUCACAGACCCUGGCAUGGAUGGCGGGGGCAAGGUGGCAGGGAUCAAGCAUAACUCCCUGAUGAC